UAAAUUAAAUCAUACAAAUCAAUUUGGGGACUCUUCUUCUUUACGAUACGGUGUCGUAUUCAAAAAUAACAUUCUAGGGGCAAUCGAGGCAACGCCACCGUAAUUUGCCGCCAUGGAUCCACAGAGCCAAACCACUUCUCUACAGCGACUUCAAAAUGUGGAAAAGAGAAUAGUUAGGGUAUUGGAACUAGCCGGAGGAGUGAUGGAUGAAAUGGCGAGCCAGAGUGGUCCAAGAAAGGAACUUGUCAAUAAUCACUGUAGUGAGUUCAUGCAAUUAAUCAAGGACAUUCAGUUUGCCCUGCGAGAGGAAAUCAAAAGUGCUUGUGAGUAUCGUCCAUUUGAGAAGUGUGACUAUGUUCCAAGAAUAUCUAACGAGAUUUGUUAUAAGAAACUGGAAUAUGUUAUUGCUCAAUUAGAUGAGAUGAAGCAAACAAUCGAGGGAUAUCGCAAUGCAGCUUGAGGGCACAUGCUGUACAAUAUCACUGGGAUAUUGCUGUCUGUUGGGGGCAAUUGG